CUGUUUUCUUUCUCUUUCUCUCUAUUUUCUUUAAUAGACAUUUCUGUGUUAAUACGUGCCAAGAAAGAAAGAAAGAAAGAACGCUGUCGUUUCUGUUGCUCUAGAGAUUCUCAUCCGAUCCUGCGCGCUGGGACACAGAUCCCAAGCUAAGCUUGGUUAAUUAGCCAGGGUACUUAUGUACGUCAAUUGGUUCGGUUGGCAACUAGGGCGGGAUGGGAGAAAAGAGAGAGAGAGAGAGACAUAGGAGCUAGCGAGAAUCAUAUUGAUCAGUAUGACCAGAAUAUUCGAAUGGCAUUUGAUGCUCUUCUCCAUAUUCAAUACAAGAUGAUGUACGAAUAGCUGGGGGUUUGAUCUGUUUAAUUAGUGGGACAGAAUUCAUCUCUUCUCAAUAUAUACCCCUAGCUAGCUUCCGGCCUCAUAAUUGAUCGACGUACUACUUGAGAGCUAUAAGAUCUACUGCUUAAUUGUUCUUGAGUUUCUUAAUUACCUUGUUAUAUAUGAAAGCUGCUGCUUCUUCUGCUUAAUUUCCUCAAGAUCCAUUCGAAACAACUCCUAGAAAGAAGGUCGAUCAUCAAUCCGAUCAUGUCAUCUGUUCUAGCACGAACAGGGCGACAUCGCCAACGUUAUGAGAACAAUUUUCGCCUUGUUUCUGGAUGUAUCCCUUACCGGAUAACAGAAGACAUCAAUGAUGAGGAUCAUAGCAACAAUACCCAUAUUGAAAACAAGAUACAAGUUCUCAUGGUUUCUUCACCUGACCGCGACGACCGAGUGUUCCCAAAAGGUGGAUGGGAGGAUGAUGAGACUGUUUUAGAAGCUGCUUGUCGGGAAGCCUUCGAGGAAGCAGGGGUGAAAGGAACACUAAGACAGGAAACUCCUCUGGGAGUUUGGGAGUUCAGAAGCAAAAGUAGGCAGAACAUGUGCAGCCUGGAAGGAGGCUGCAGAGGCUACAUGUUUGCAUUAGAGGUAACUGAAGAGCUUGACACCUGGCCAGAGCAGCAAAACCGUGAUAGAGAAUGGCUAAACAUAAAGGAGGCAUUUAGAGUGUGCCGGUAUGAAUGGAUGCGUAGGGCACUGGAGCAGUUUCUGAGAGUUAUGGCGUCAGAUAAGGAUGAUGAUGAUGAUGGUACUGUGGGAAAAGCAGCUGUAGUACUACCAGCUGAUGAAGUAGUAGUGGAUGAUCAGAUCAUGAAUCAGAUGACAGAAUUAUCAGGAGAGUACGAUGAUCAUGAGAAUACAUUAGAGGACUUAAUUGAGCCCGAACCUUGUGGUCCUCGUCCGGCCAUGAUCUCCAUGCCAAUGCCCUUGCCGUCGCCGGUGUUAUCGUUGCCAUUGUCAUCCAGCAACGUCAGAUCAUGAUCAUGUUGUGGCUGAAUGUCAAAGAGUACUGUCGACGUCAAACUGCUACCUAAUUAAAGGCAUGUGAUGGCAACACCAACACCAUGUUAUUGGUCAUAUAUAUAUCAGUUCAUUGUGAUGGCAUAUGGCUUUCGAGCCAAAAGGUUGCCAUUGACAUAAUUAUUAGAUCCAUGCAACUACAUAGAUCAUGUUGAUGCUCGUCCAAAAA